ACCUUUCCUCUAAUAGCCAUAGGUAGUUCGGGCAAUGGACCAGGCUGCGGAAAGCCUGGCCCAAAUCUGGUGUUUGUAUUAGCGCGCGCGUUAUUAAGGCCUCAUUUUUUGUCUUAUAAGGGGAGGAAUUUCCUCGAAGAAAAAAUGCAACUCCAAGACCGAACGCCUGCUGCGACUCCUGCCUUUCCCAAUCCCUUUCGAAGCAAAUCAGUUAGUGACGGUUCGACAAUCGCGAGCGAGGUGAAGCUGAGGUUCGGAAAUCUAUUCAACGAUUGUUCCAGAAACACAAUCGACCAAUCCAUUCUCCAAGAACGAAGACAAGUGCCUCACGAUGCCUUUGAGCUUCUCCAGGAUCUUGAUCUAACGUUUUCGCUUGCAAAAACAAAAGAAGCAGCAGAAGCCAGAAGAAAGGCGGCUCAUGGGGAUGCACAGAAACAAUUCGAAGAUAGGGAUAAGGGGUACGGCACGAAUUCAGGCAGUUCGGGUGGUGGUUCUGCUAGUGGACAGGGGAGUGCAUCAACCCAGAAUGCUGGCCAGGGCCGGAGCACUUAG